AUGACCAAUAAAAGCCAAAAAAUGGUGAUGACGUUUUCGCGCAUUAUGCCCAAUUUGGGUGGUCCGAUGGAAGNAAGGCGGCGGCUCUCCUUGUACGUGUUUCAGGCGGUUGUCCUGUAUGAGGCUCCCACGUGGGCUAGCGAGCUUGUUAAAACCAAAAGGGCGAUAGCACGAUGUCGUGCUGCUCAGAAAUUAAUCGCGAACCGAGUAAUAAGCGGUUAUCGCACCAUGUCAGCUGAUGUUGCCCAACUAUUAGCCAGGGCUUCCCUUUUGGAGCUGCUUGCAGAGGAGCAAACAGCAGUUUUUCAANGAGAAUUUGUGCGGGCGAUGACUUGA